UCGUUAACCGUGUCGUAACCUCAAGUCUCCUAUUUUUUGACAGUUUUUUUUCAUUCCUUCUUGUAGUAAAUGUUUCAUGUUCAAUAAUUUGAAGUGCCUAUAUUUUAAACAAUCAAUUUAUUAACAAGAUGACAUCCCGGGUAAUGUGCAUGACAAGGCUUCUCCCAGGCAAUACGUCUAUGCUCUUCAAAAAUCUCCAAAUAAACACAUUCACCAAAAAUCUCCAAAUAAACACAUUCAGCAGGAGAAAUAUAUCAUCAUCGAGGCUUGUCAUAAAAGAAUUCGGAGAUCCAAAAAAUGUUGUUCAAAUGGAAGAAUACAAAACUGAAUGCCCUGGACCAGGAGAAGUUCUGGUGCAAAUGCUUGUAGCUUCGAUGAACCCAGCAGACAUCAAUACGAUUCAAGGUACAUAUCCGAUUAAGCCGACACUACCAGGAGUUCCUGGAAAUGAAGGUGUCGCAAAAGUAGUGAGUGUCGGUGCAGAUGUGAACGAUCUGCAAGUUGACGACCAUGUCAUGCCUAAUGUUGAAAAUUUUGGAACAUGGCAGACACACAAGGUCAUUUCUGCAGAUAAAUUGCUCAAGGUCCCGAAGGAAGUUCCUCUAGUUGAAGUUGCUGGAAUUAUGAGUAAUUGCAGCACAGCAUAUAGGAUGCUUAAGGAUUUCGUACCUCUUGAACCCGGUGAUACUGUCCUUCAGAAUGGCGGUAACAGUGCUGCUGCACAAAAUGUAAUACAGCUCUGCAAAGCCUGGGGAUACAAAUCAGUCAAUGUUGUAAGGGACAGGCCUGAUAUUGACAAGUUAAAAAGUUAUUUGAAGGAAAUCGGUGCAGACGUUGUACUUACUGAAGAAGAAAUCAGGACAACUAAAAUGUUUAAAGAAGGAGAACUACCAGCUCCAAAACUGGCUCUCAACUGUGUCGGUGGGAAAAGUUCCAGCGAGCUGAUGCGACAUUUGGGCAAAAAAGGUGUAAUUGUCACAUAUGGAGGCAUGUCGAGGGAGCCCGUGAUUGUACCCACGUCCCAGCUUAUUUUUAAGGACAUAUCAGUAAAAGGAUUUUGGAUGACACGAUGGACCAAGGAGAACCGUAACUCGGAUGUAAGGAAGUGCAUGCUCUCUGAAAUAAUGCAACUCAUGUCAUUGAAAAAGCUGAGAGCACCAGCACACAAGCUCAUUCCACUGAGAGAAUUCAAUUCCGCAUUGGAUACAAUAACAAAUCCAAAAGGGUUUACAGGGGUGAAAUACUUAAUAGAUUUCCGCCUCGGUUCUUGCUAAAUUUUAAAGCCAUGUUAAUGUCUUAGUUAUUUACUUAUAAGACUUUUUUCUAGUUUCAUGUUGUUUUUGUUUCUGUAUAUUAUGUUGUUAAGAGUGAACAUUAUUAAAAUCCUAAGUAACAGAACUGAUAUUGUCAAUGUGCCUUUUGCUUAUGUACUAUGUAUUAGUUUUUGUUUAUGCCUUGUUAAGUUGAUCUUUCUUUUAAACAAAUCAUAAAUCAAAUUGGCUUGAGUAUUUUUUUAAGUAGUUUUUUAAUAAUUUUUUGUGAACAUAAUUAAUGGUAUAUUGGAAAGUAAGUUGACAAUUAGUGUAUAAUUUUUAUUUGUUGGCCUAAUGUUUUGUUAAUGUUUCUAUUUGUUGAAUGGCAAGUAUAGACAUCAAUUUAGGCUGUGUAUUCUAACAAAUGUAAAUGGUUAUAAGUGUUUUCUUUUUAAAAUACACAUUUCUGUAUUUGUAUUCAUA